CUGAAAUCAGGUGUGGCUGUGCCUUUGUCUGUGGCGCCGUUCAUACAUAUCCAGAUAUUUUGAUUAAGGAGCAUUUUUCUUCCAUACGUUAACCAAAAUAUCUUGUUUCGGGAAGGAGAAUGCCAUUCAAGUCUGUUUAUAUACAAACGCUAAAAGACAAUCUCACUUUUGAGUUUUUAGGAAGAUUCUUUUUCAGAAGAAAAACCUCUGUGUGUAAACGAAAGGCGCAAUUGAAGGGAAAGGUCUUUGUUUAUCAAAAUACCUGGGUAUGUAUAAAUGGCCCCUGUGUCUGUGCCUGUGUGUGUGCGCGUGCCAUAGGUGCAGUGAAUGACAUGGCGACGCACCCGGGCCACUACUCGGAGCUGGUGGAAGCCUCCCUGGGCACCAGCUCUCUGGCCACAGAUGAGAUCGAGCGCGACCUGCACCGCUCCCUCCCCGACCACCCGGCCUUCCAGAGCGACACGGGCAUAUCCGCCCUGCGCAGGGUGCUCACCGCAUACUCCUACCGCAACCCCAAGAUAGGCUACUGCCAGGCCAUGAAUAUCCUAGCGUCCAUGUUACUGCUCUAUGCCAAGGAGGAGGAGGCCUUCUGGUUGUUGGUAGCGGUGUGUGAACGGAUGCUGCCUGAAUACUUCAACCGCAGGAUCAUCGGUGAGAUAUACAAACCAAAUGUUACUGAACACGCAUUCAUCGCCUCUCAACACUUGUCAUUACUCAACACUUGUCAUUAGCCGUAGUCAUUUUACUGUCUUCGGGUUUGCCUAGUUUACUUUGUUACGUCUCGUGUUUAUGUGUAUGUCUCUGAAUGUGGUGCUGUGGUAGACUGUGGCAUCUGUAAGGACUAACGUAGUGUAGAGUUAUUUUUGUCCGUGUUGGGCAGAACCUAAUGUGUUACUAUAAUAUAAUAAUAGUGCAAUAUGUGAUGGUGGACCAUUGCUUCAUUCAAUACUAUAGGAAAUGGGGAAAUGCUGUGCUGCAGUUCUCUCUCAGUGUUGCAGGGUAGUAACGUAAAGUCUUGUA